CCUAUCUGAUUACCUGUCCUCGUCGCGGAGGGUCUCCGCUCAGCACUGCGCCCUUCCCCCGGGUUUAACUGAGGCUGGAGCUCCUGUCAAUCGGCCGCUCGGCGCCGCGGUCUUCUUUUGAACGUGUGUGUGAAAAAAAGAAAGAAAAAACAAGCAGCUCUUCCUCCGCCUCGGGGCGAACGGUGGGAGGGCGCAGACUGACGGAGGCGAGCCGCCAGCCCGCCGCCGUGUUUGGACCCGCUGCUUUAACUUUUACAGAGUUUUAAAGCUCCAAAGCGACUCUUGUAUCCUCUGCCAGCCGCACCUCGGUGUAAAAAUGGUGACUCUGUCGGCGGUAGCCAGACCUCUGGUGUCUCAGCUUCAGCGACAGCUCUUCAGGGGAGCCCGGAGCCUCCGGAUAACGCCCGUCCGGAGAUGCAACCUGACGGCGUGCUCCAGCAAAUAUGUGCUGUCAGCCGUGCAUCCCAUGUGGAAGGGGCCCCUGGUGGUUCCAGGAGGCGACCGGCAGUCCCCCAUAGACAUCGUGGUGCGAAAGAGUGUCUUCGAUUCAGAGCUCAAGCCUCUGAAACCCAAAUACGACCCGGAUACCUGCCAGCAAAUUUACAACAAUGGUUAUUCCUUUCUGGUAGAGUACGAUGACACGACAGACAAGUCUACGCUGUCCGGCGGUCCCCUGCAGAACUCAUUCCGGCUGUGUCAGUUCCACUUCCACUGGGGGGAAAACAACGACUGGGGUUCCGAGCACACCGUGGAUAAGAGGCUGUUCCCCGCUGAGCUCCACUUGGUCCACUGGAACUCAGAAAAAUACAGCCUGUUCGAGGAGGCGGUGAUGGAGGACAAUGGACUGGCUGUUAUUGGAGUUUUCCUCAAGGUGGGGAAGAGACACGAGGGGCUGCAGAAACUGGUCGACGCGCUACCUGCAAUCAGACACAAGGGCAGCGAGGUCGAGUUCAGCCACUUCGACCCCGGCUGCCUGCUGCCCUCCGACACCAACGACUACUGGACGUACCACGGCUCUCUGACCACGCCCCCCCUGACCGAGUCCGUCACCUGGAUCGUCAUGAAGCAGCACAUCGAAGUCAGCCACGACCAGCUGGCAGUUUUCCGCAGCCUCCAGUUCACGGCGGUGGACGAGGAGGUGCAGAAAAGCAUGGUGAAUAACUUCCGGGUGCAGCAGCCUCUGCGGGGUCGCACGGUGCGCUCGUCCUUCACGCCGUUCCUGCAGGAGCCCGGAGCACACAAGCACAGCCACUGAAGCCGCUCACAGUAACACACACCGUCCACCGUCGCCUUAUCGCCUCCGAACAGAUGAGACUCAUCAGCUGUCGAAGCAGAAAACAUUGAAAGUAUGGCAAAGCUUCCUCUGCAGAACUUAUGUCAUACUUUGUUUUAGUUUUUUUUUUAACCAUGAACAUCAAGAAUCUUGUGGUUUUUUUACAAACUUUUACAUAUUUGGGGGUAUUUCUCUUCUUAAUUAUCAAGGUUUUUUUUUUAUUUCUCAUCAUUUGGUUCGACUCUUUCUGGGGUGAAACUUGUAGAUUUUGGUUGUUUUUUUUUUUUUACAGUUUUCUCAGUUACUGUAUGAGUUUUUACCAGCUCUUUCCGAGCUGCCAUAGAAACUGCACGGCACUGUGUGCUGCCGACAGGCGCCGCACAGCAGGAUCUGUAACAACAGGCCACAGCGGCGCAGAACCCAGGAGAUUUUAACAAACUCUAAGAGGGCAUGAACAAAUGAUUGUAGGGUAAAUUUAAUACGUAAUUUAUUAAAGGAACAUUUUUAGAGCUGAGUUUAUUGUGUGAUGGAAGCUACUAACGUGAUAAAAUCUUUACUGAAAUAUCAAGAGUGUAACAGUUACAGCAGCAACAGGUUGUAGAUGAAGAGUUAGAUUUUUAUCUUCAUGCCUUAUUUUUACAUCCUUAUACUGGAAGCACAACUGUUAAUACUUGCUGGAUUCCUAUCUGGACGUGUGAUAUAUGUUUGUGUUUAUGGGAUCAAAGGUCAGGAGUGUCGAGCAAAGAACGGCCUCCAACAGGGUUCGAUCUUAUGGAAGCAUGUUGAGUUCACAUGAAAAAAAUAAAAAUUGACUUUUUUUUUUAAUUAACGGGGUAAUUGUCUUGUUAAUACAUAAAAAAAAAACAUAAAAAAUUGGCUCAGUUUUUCUACUUUAAUGAGAUAAUUAUCUCAUUUAUGAGGGAUGGUUUUAUAAAAACCAGAGACACUUUUAAUUUUUUCAUGUGAAUUUAAUACGCCUUCCUACAAUCUGACCUUUAUGACGACCUGACCAAGUGAGACGACUGCAAUUUCUCAAUGAAACUAACCGCCGUCCCCGGAUAAUCCCGUCGUGGUCAAUAAGAGAAAAUAGCAAUAUUAUGACGGUGCGUGUGUGUAAACACGAACACACCAACAUCAGGGCUGCAGGAAUGUUUUGUGUUGAAACACAGUCGUGUGAGGAAAGUAAACUGAACAUUUUUCAGAAUGUAUUUUCUUCAACUGAAAUCAAGGAUGAAUUUUGAAGCUGAUUUUGUUGAUUCGUUAUGCAGCAUUUUACUGUUCCAGAUCAAUCGAGGUCAAACUGGGAUGUUUGUGACCUCAGAAGUGAGUGUUCCUCUCCUGGAUUAUACUGUAGACAUUAUAUCUGACAUGCAGAAGCCUUCGUGUGAUUCUAACAUCGCCUGCAUAGUUUUUCAUUGUUUGUGUGUCACGGAUCACUCAGACAUGCAGUUGGUUUAAAUACAUGCAUGUUUUGAUUGGAUUAAGCAGCCCUGCCUCUGUUUAGUGCCUUAAAUGUUUUCUGUGCGACUCACAAUGAGACACGUCACUCCUCUUGUAUCUGAAUGUGCCUCAUAAGAAUAACCCAGGCUGCCGUGCACACUGCACUGUUUCAAGAUUUCAGCAGGGGUGACAAUAGCACGGAUAAACGAGCUCAGAUAAGCUAGAGAGAUGAUUAAUUAAUGAAUUAACACCAACCAGUUGCAUAGAAAAGAGUUUAAUGUUGAGUCAGACUCUCGUUUCAAGCUGCAACAUGUGUGCUUCGGCUUCCACCAGAGAUGUCGCCGCUGCUCACAUCUUUGAGAUGUUUAGUCGAGCAUUGUUCCCGUCGAUCUUCUGCAACGUUGCAUCAUCUGAAGGAGAACUGGCUCUCGUCCAGCGGCAGGUGGAGCGGUUACAGUAAGAGGAGGGAAGGGCAGCAAAUGGGGAAAGAUAAGAGAUCAAACACCUGUUUGAGGCUUCUGAGAUAAAAACCACGCACAGCUAAGUGCUGACUCAUGUUAUCAGCCAGGUGGAGAACAAAUGAUGCCCGUACAGGUAGAUAGAAGACGCUUCAAAAGCAAAGAAGUCGGAUCAACUGGACUCGAUCACUUUAAUCCAUCCUCAAACGUUCGUGCCCAGUCACUCCACAGAGAUCGUUAGAACACAAUGCAGCGUUACUGAGGCACACCCCGUCCCUGUAGUCUGUUAAAAUGAGGCGUCUUGGUCCAUUAACCUCUUUGGGUGUGUCACGUUUGAAAUACUUGAAUUAGUCAUCGGACUUGAUGAAAUCACCUGGAUGAGGAUUAAAAUGUCGUCCAACACCUGUAGCCCAGUCCAGCUGACCUGAUUCUUCUGUGAAUUAAAAAGGAAUUAGAUUUGUCUUUGGUAGAUUAUUUACCUCCACUGGAACAAAACAUACUCUGCUCAUCCCACAAAUGCGUCUUUCUUACUAAUGCGGCUCCAUUUAAAAGGAGAAUAAUUGGGACAUCCAGAGGAAUUCUCACAUCAAAGAAAUAAUUGGUAAUAAUUAGAGCAAGUUAGCUUGUUUUUGUGGGUCAGAAGCUUUGCGCUGCAAGCAACUUAUGUUCAGUAUCCAGUUAGGAUGGAGUGACGCCCUCCUCCUCCUCAUUUCUUCAGAUUUGUGUUGUUUUUAGUCUCUCAUGUUCAGUAUUUUAUUCCCAACACGAAGACAAAGGGACCCAAAACUGUCUUCAUCGUAUUCAUAUGCAUUUCAUCAAGCGUGUUUGAAUUAUGCACCAUCGUCUGCCUUCGUUCUCAUGAUGUUUUUACAUGUUGAAUGACACUCUUGAUGCUUUUUUUUUAAUCUGUGUGCUAAACAUGUCAUGGCCUUUUUAAGCGUUGGCUUGAGGUUAAAAUCACUUCACAGGUGCCUCAGAUUAAAAACACAAUGUUUUCUGAACCAUAUUCACAUCCCAUGAUGCAAAAUCAUCUUUUUUCAUGCAUUGCAUUGUUUUCUGCCUUUUUAAGCAUAAAGAUUUUACAGAAUGUUUUUUUUUUUCCUUUCUCUAAACGUCUGUACGGUACUUCCCGUCCUCCUCCGCCUGAUGUUUUAGCAGGUGUAUGUUGUGCAUGCUCCACACUGUAUGCAGUGCAUAUUUUAACCGUUUAUUUGUCCAGUGUGCAGCCCCCACAUUCCGGGCCCCACGGGGCCCCCGGGGGCCCCUCACCGCUCCUCCGUCAGCUCCACCUGGAUGCGUCCUUGUGUUUCUGCGUCCAGCUGUGCAGCUUUUUUUCCCCAGAGAGCCUCCUCAUAUGUACACGGACGUGAAUGUGCUUUUAAAGAAACUGACGAGAACUGAAGAAAUGUAAUAAAAUGAUUUAAAUAAAAAGGAUUCCUGGGA